GUGCCUAGCAGCCACAUGUGAUUUUUCAAGGAGUUAUAUAUACAGUCACAUAUCUCUACUCUAAUCCUGAAUUAUGUAUUUGGUGAUAUCAUAACCCAUUAUUCUCCAAAUUAAUAAUUUGCCUACAUCCCUGAAUCCCAGCCUCUACUCAAAUGCAUCUUUUUGGUGUUGAAAGUUGUCUGUUAACUUUCAGAAUAUUCAAAGGUGUAUCUGAGGUCAUAGUACAAGGAGUAGUAUGUUCGAGCCUACCCGAAUUGCAUUGUUUUGCUUUGCAAACCACCUAGGAGUUGGAAUUCGUUAGGGUUUUGCCGCAUCUCUGAAUUUUCAUGUUGCAUCUUAUGGUUCGUUCUGAAUUUUGAUUGAUGCAAACUUCCCUAGGAUCCUAAAAUGGUCAAAAUUUUUUGCAUUGUGUAAAAAAGAUUUAGCAGUAUGCAGUGAUAGAUCAAUUAGUACUGUCUGAAUGUUCAGUCCAUGGGAAAAUGCUCGUAUCACCCUUGUAAGGGCAUUGGAAUCAUGAUCGAUAAUCAUGAAUGGUUAAGAUGAUUCUUUAGUAGCAUCAUAUAAAUAUGUCACCCUUAAAACAUGAUGUCGGCCUACUGAGGUGGUCAUACAUUAUUUUUAUUCUCGUUGCAAUGUACGAGCAGUUACCUCUAAAACAUGUCGAAAAUAAUUGUUCACAGGCGAGGCGAUCCCUAGCUGGCUUGCAUGCCCGCCCGGCAUCGCCCACGCGCUCGCUCCCGUUCCCGUACCAGCCCCACACCACGCCCGAGCAGCCAUGGUUUGAUCCCUCAAAAAAAGAAAACAAACCCAGGCUCCGCAUCCACCACGCCCCUGUUUUCUUACUGCUUGUUUGGAUCAUGAUUUUUGACUUGGCGCUCGAUCCAAACCUGGUAUUUCAGGUGCACAAGCUCAACAGGCUCGGAGGCUGGAAGGGCUGUGCUUUCAAUUUGAUUCCUUCCGCAUUCAUUAUGCUUGCUAAAGGGGAACAGUUUUCAUACUUCAGUUUAUUUCAUUGGCCAAAAUGUAAUGAACUUGGUGAGUUUGCCAGCACAUCUAGCGGCCAGCAAUGUUACAUGCCUUUGUCAAGCCUGCCUGUCCUCGCCACCGAACAGAUUCUAUUCAAUCAAGUCAUGAGCAUGAGUCCUUUUCAAUGUGGAAAAAGGCCAUUCAGAAGGAACACAGAAAACAAUGAUUAUCUUUUGUGGAAGAAGUUCUUGGAAAUGACCCAAACAUUAGUGGAGAUUUUAUUGUGAUAAAUUUCUUCACUUUGUCCUAUUUAAGUAUGUUUAUGGAACAUUACUGAGGUCAGCUCUGCAGGAUCCAGUAACCAAUCUUUCUUUCCGGCAUGUACUAGAGGAGUCACCUUUAUUAUUGUUACUAUCGUGCCUUUGAUAAUAAAUAUUGUGAUGGAUUGAUGGACCAGAUUAGUUCCCAUGAUUACAGCUUUGAUUUGAUUAUAUUGAAUUAGGAUAAGCUGGAGUAGUUUAGUGGUUCUGCCACAUGCUUGGUCCACUUGUACAGUCGAAGGCUUGACCACAUGGUAAUGGUCAAUGUUUAGUGAUAAUACUAGCUUUACAGAACUGAUAUUGAAUUGUGUACCAUCAUAGAUCAUAUAAGUCACUGAAUAGUUUGCUUGGUUGUGGCAUUCAUCAGACAAAGAUACUUAACAUGUAAAAGCUUUUUAAUUGCAUUGCUUUAUUCUAAUUUUUAGAACCCGUAGCAACGCACGGGCAUUAA